AUGCGCAACUUGAAAAAUGUUCGCCUCGCCGAGGUGCAGCUUCAGAGUGAGCUGCCAUUAACAGCUACUGCUUGGGACACUGCCUCGGAUGCAGUAAUUUGCACUUUUGGUCCUACUGAGAGCAAUCCAGUUAUUGAACUUAGGAGAAAGCGUCAAGACGCCUAUUUCUCAGAGCCCGUAGGCGCAGAUGUGUUUGAGUGCAUCGCCUCAUGGGACGCACCAUGCCCUCUGCCAGACCUCCCCUGUGACCGAGUACUCUCUCUCCAUUAUUUUGCAGACAACCUUAGUGCCUGUCUAGUACUUGAAGGGGGUGAUAUCGUCAUUGUCCGUGAAGAACCUCUUCCAGGGGAGGACAAGAUUGAGAUUCUGGGCUCGGUUGAUGUGGGCAUCACUGCUGCUGCUUGGUCUCCAGACGAGGAACUCUUAGCUCUAACCACAAGAGCUAACACAUUCUUGUACAUGACCAGGGAGUUCGAGAAUGUGGCUGAAAUUACCUUCACUCCAGAGGACCUCAAGGCGUCUCAACAUGUCUCCGUUGGCUGGGGAAAGAAGGAAACACAGUUUCAAGGAAAGAGAGCCAAGGCUCUUCGUGACCCGACGGUCCCUGAAAGGGUAGACGAAGGAAAGCUGAGCAGUAAUGAUGAUAGGAGGACAACUAUUACCUGGAGAGGAGAUGGUGCCUAUGUCGCGGUAAAUAGUAUCGAAGAGGGUACUCGUCGCGCAAUCCGCGUAUAUUCUAGAGAGGGAACCUUAGACAGUGUGAGUGAGCCAGUGGAUGGGCUGGAAGGGGCCCUGAGUUGGAGGCCUUAUGGUAAUCUUAUUGCCGGUAUCCAACGACGUGACGAUCGAGUUGAUGUUGUAUUUUUCGAAAGAAACGGCUUGCGUCACGGAGAGUUCACACUUCGCCUCACUGAGGAAGAAAUGUCAUCCUGGGCAUCGGAUAUCCACCUGACCUGGAAUGUCGAUUCGACGGUACUCGCUGUUCAAUUCAAAGACAGGGUCCAGCUCUGGACAAUGGGUAACUAUCAUUACUACUUAAAGCAGGAGUUUCCUGUGGCCGUGAACUCCAGCUGCCCAAAUCCUUUUGCCUUCAAGUGGCACCAGGAGAAGACACUGCGCUUUGUUGCAGGCGCUUCAGAGUCGAUAUUGGACGCGGAGUUUGUGUUUGACGUCUCUCAUGGUUCGACUAUUGUGCCAAAUGAUGUUGGAGCUGUUGCUGUCAUCGAUGGAAAAAAUCUCAAGUUGACUCCGCUGAGGCUUGCGGGUGUCCCGCCACCUAUGGCCCACAAUGAGUUGAUAUUGGACUCGAACGUUAUUGACGUCGCGUUCAGCAAGUCGGGCACGCGUAUUGCUGUCCUGACGAAGGAUUGUUUCUCUAUAUUUAUGUGGUCCCUCAAGACUCGCCCAGUGGCUGCACCUAUUCUUGAGUCGAGCUAUCCGUUGUCUGAUGCUUUGGACAGCAGGCCUCGGCAACUUGCCUUUAUCAAUGAGAAUGAGGUUUAUAUCCUCAAGAGUCGUGGACCGAAUAAUGCCAACAUCGAGCGAACGACUCUGGAAACUAGAACAACCAAAAUCGCGUACCAGGCGGGCGAGUCGGAGCAGUUGGUUUCAAUAUUCCCAUCCCUCAACCAUGAGGCACUGUGGAUUUCUCACAUCAGCCAAUAUGGACAACCAAUUGCCUACUCCACCAUUUCUAUGCCAUCUACAGAGGAAUUUGUAGCAGCCCCGUACACGCAGGGUCCUUCCGUCGACACAUAUUGGGCCAAUGCCGUUCAGCUAUCAGAAGAUGAGCAUCUUUUGAUCUCUAUGACAAAGACUGGCGCCUUGUACGCGAAUAAGACUCUGCUUGCGAAGAACUGCACCUCCUUCCUCGUGACCCAAUCCCACGUCUUGUUCACUACUUCUCAGCACCUCCUAAAAUUCGUUCACUUGACCAGGGCAGAGGACAUGGAGGUCCCUCCUGAUACGCCAGAGACCGACGAGCGUUGCAGAAGCAUUGAGCGUGGUUCGCGCUUGGUGUCGGUAAUACCUAGUGUGUUUGCCGUUGUGUUGCAGGCACCUCGUGGUAAUAUCGAGACCACAUACCCCCGUGCUCUUGUCCUAGCGGGCAUCAGGUCCUUCAUUGACCGCAAGAACUACCGCUCGGCUUUCCUUACCUGCCGCAGCCAAAUGGUAGAUAUGAAUAUUAUUCAUGACUACGCCCCAGAACAGUUCAUGGAAAGUGUCCCAUUAUUCAUUGACCAAGUGAAAAGAGUUGACUUCAUCGACGAGUUUCUGUCCCGUCUAAGCGAGGAGGAUGUCUCUGAGACCCUGUACAAAGAUACGCUGAAAACACCUAAGGCGGACGACAAUCUGGUACCUGCCACUAAGGCCCCGGCCAAGGGUAAGGUUAAUCGGAUCUGUGAUGCCUUCUUGGCUGCUUUGGACAAGAAGAUCGAUACUAAUCUGCAUAAUCUUGUCACGGCACAUGUUGUCAAGUCACCACCAGACCUUGAGGCUGGUCUUCAACUGGUUGCACGCCUGAGAGAUCAGAGCUCCGAACAAGCAGAAGAUGCAGUGGAACAUAUGUGCUUUUUGUCCGAUGCCCACCGUUUAUACGAUACUGCGUUGGGUCUAUACGACCUUGAGCUCACAUUGCUUGUUGCCCAGCAAGCUCAGCGUGAUCCUAGGGAAUACCUCCCAUUCUUGCGCAAGCUACAGCAGCUGCCUGAGCUUCGACGACAGUUCGAAAUUGAUAACUAUCUCGGACGAUGGGCCAAGGCUCUGGGACAUCUUCACGUGCUUAACGCUCAUGAUGAGCUCAGGGCGUAUGCUAUCAAACAUGUUUUGUAUAAGGAUGCCAUCGAUCUCUACAAAUACCAGCAAGAGCAACUACGCGACAUGACCAAUCUCUACGCCGACUACCUCUACGAUCAAUCCAAAUACAAAGAAGCAGCCAUCGCUUACGAAUCCCUUUCCCUAUACACCGACGCCUACCAAUGCUACCAGCGGGUCCAUCUCUGGCGCGAAUCCCUGUACUGCGCAAUAAUGGUCCCAUUAUCAGAGGAAAAGCUCAAAGCACACGCACUGGAAUUAGCCACCACCCUGAUAGAAGAGAACAAAGACUACGUCUCCGCAGCACACAUCCACGCAGAACACCUCCACGACGUCCCCCUGGCCGCCCGUCUCCUGUGCCGCGGUUCUCGCUUCGCCGACGCAACACGCCUCCUCGCACUGCACGGCAAGCAAAAUCUCGUCCCGGAAAUCGUAGAUACAGGUCUGGCAGACGCUAUGGGCUCCAUGACCGACCUUCUUGCCGACUUCCGAUCUCAGCUGAACGCCCAAGUACCACGUAUCGUGGAACUGCGCGUUCGUCGCGCUACCGACCCGCUGGCCUAUUUCGGAGGUGAUCCCACGAUGGGAGGAGAUAUGGGUGUCGAUAUCCCAGAUAACGUGUCCCUUGCACCUACGGAUGCUUCUACACUUGCCGGUCGCAGUAUGUUCACGAGGUAUACUGGCAAGACGGGAAAGACUGGCAAGACGAAUAUGACGAGACAGACUUCCAAGACUCGUCGGAAGGAAGAGCGUAAGCGUGCUAGUGGUAAGAAGGGAACAGUGUACGAGGAAGAAUACCUGGUGAACAGUGUACGGCGUCUUAUCGAAAGAGUCAACUCGACGGUGUCUGAGGUCGAGACUCUUGUUAGUGCACUGCUCCGACGGGGCAUGCGGGAGCGUGCCGCCGCUAUUGAAAAGGCUAUGCAGGAGGUGCUCAAGUUGUGUACUGACUCUCGAGUCGAAGUGUUCGGUGCCGUCGCUUCGCCAGGAGGCGAACAGACUGACGGCGCUGAGCCUGAGACUAAUGUGAAUACUGCUGAAGAGGUCUCACCGAGGGGUGGUCAGCGUGCUUUCGCGGACAGCAUUGCGGCUACCCUAGGUGUUCGAGAAGCACCGGCAGUCAAGGAGCUGAAACAGUCGGCGUUGCUGAACUGA